AUGACGCGCGUCGUGGACGAGCGCACGGCGUUAGUGCGCGAUGGCGCGCGUCGAUCGUCGACGCGGACGUGCGCGGUGACGCUCGCGCUCGGCGCGAUGGUGUUGGUGUUGGUGACGGUGACGGUGGGCGCGGCGAUGCGCGCGCGCGUGGGCGCGGUGAUGCGCGCGCGCGUGGGCGUGGACGUCGAAGGACGGUGCCCGGCCGCGCGCGUCGUCGCGGCGGGCUGCCUGAACGACGACAUGGUGACGUGCGCGCCGCACGCGAACGAGACGCUGGCGAACGGGCGCGCGUCGGACGUCGCCGCGCUGGGAGGGUGCUCCAUCGCUGACCCGGCGCCGAAGCAUUGUCUCGUACCCGAAGGUACGCCGGUGAUGAAGUCUUGUGAGUUCGAUUAUGGGUGCUCGGUGUACGCGCCGGCGACGUGUCCCGCUGGGUCGCUCGUCACCGGCGCGAGCGCGUGCGAGACGGAAAAGGUGUGCUUUUGCCCAAAGUGCAACUUGAGCGGGUGUAAGUGGAAUGGGUGCUGUAAAAAUAUUCCAAUCAAGUUUACGGCGAAUUGCAGAAAGUAUCGGCUCGUUGGAACGAGCGAUCAGUGCAAGACGUGCAUGGUCGGCUAUAAGUUGUCCUCGGACAAGAGGUCUUGCACGAAGUACGACCUUGGGACGGCGGUGAGCUCAAUUUCGGUGCAAACCGCACAUCAGUUGAGCGCGCAGGCGGUGAGUGGCGUGAGUUCCACUGCGAUAAAUGCCUGGCAACACUCUGGAAUCGAGAAUGCGUACGACGCUGCGUCAGGAUGGAGUGAAGACGCCGUCGAGACCGUGCGCGAGUCCACCGUCGAAGCGGUCGAAGCAAUGGAGGACGUUAUUAAACUCAUUCAGCAAUUGUUGAGUCAGUUAGAGUGUCUUGAAGGGCUUGCUCAUCUUAAAAAGUUUGCGAGAGCGUUGAGGAGUCAAGGCACCGGGAUUUUCGACCUCGUUGAAGACGUCCUCAAGGGACAAGAGAAUGGGGAGUCCAGGACCAAGUAUUUCAACGAGAUGUCUGGCGUUGCGUGUAACAUGGUGUGGGCUAAGGUCUUUCCUCACGCAACGCUCGCGGUCGAGAUGAUCAAAGCUUUCGGACAACGCUUGAAGGCGUCUUGCCCUGCGCUUAAGAGUGGAGACUUACCUGCCUUCACGUUCGGUGUCGUGCUCGGUGGAGACUUAAGUGGUGGCGUACACACAGCUGAGGCCGCGACGGAGAUCGGAGUGGGCGCGGAUCUCGAAGGAACGCGUUUUUGCUACGUCGCGGCUUGCGUUGGGGGCGGGUACACCAUCCCGCCAAAGACAGGUGCAGAGGCUUCUGUCAGCGCAUCAAUCGCUGUCUCCGGAUAUAAAGACAUCGGUACAGUCGCCGGUACGGCGGGUUAUUUCGCUCUCGACUUGGGUGCAGAUUUGCCGAUUAUACCAGUAGGCAUUGAUCUCGGUAUGUCGUACAUACACGGUGUCGGCAAUCCGGACCAGAUUUAUGGUAUCUCCUUCGCAGGUCAAGUGAGCUCAGCGUCCUCGGAUGUGAAUCCCGCUCCCUGGCCAAGCGCUGGCGUCACCGCAGGAGUUUGUCACACAGGGAUCUGUGUACGAACAGACGGUGAGCCAUGCACCAGCGGGCAGAAGUUUACCCCGUUUGGUGUUGCGUCUUCGUCUUCAUCUUCGUCGUCUUCACUGGGUGAUGAACCCAAGCAUACUACGGCGAACCUCAAGCCUCGCGCACGAUUUGAGCGUGGGCGCCUGGGCUGGAGGAAGGCACUAAAAAAGAUGUUUUCACCACCGGCUGCACCGCCACCACCGCCGCAAUAUGAUGCCUCGGCUUUAUUUACAGAACCUACUGCUGCCGAAAUCAAAGCGGCAGGUGCUGCGGUGGAUGCCCCUCUACCAGACGACCAAAAGACGCAAGCCAUGAUUUACCGAGACAAUCCAAGCGCAUACGUGCCACCUUCACGGGUUACCGGAGGGAAAUUUUUGGCGCACGCUGGAUGCUCGACAGAUUUCAAAGACGCUAAAUUGCUAUGCAUGGAGACCAACAACUGCAUUGGUUUCGGACAGUACCAACAGCCAGACAGAACUGUUAAAAUAUUCGGCAACAGCGUCACAGUACCCGGGUCCACGUGUUGGGACUUGUUACAGCCGUCGACAUCGGCGACUGAUUCAAAGUACAACCUCGCUCAGAUUCGUAACUUUGUCAUCCCUGAUUACGGGUUCGCAUAUCUCCGGACAUGGGGCCGAAGCACGUCAGAUGACGCCGAAGAUCGAGAAGCCGUGCGCCGAGCGUGCUGGCGGGAUUUCGCCUGCGUUGGCUACGGUCAAAAGUCCAACAGAGACUGGGACUUGCUCAAGUACGGCGACACGAAAACGAACAUCGCGUACACGAAGGGAAUCUGGAGAAAGUACGUCAGCCCGGUCCCCGGGUACACGCUCGUGAACGCGGCGAACAUCGACCUACAGAGCGUCGACUCCAUGGAAGAAGCGUUGGACGCGAAGUGUCAAACAGAUUGGAAAUGCCUCGGUUUCGAUUUCUUCUUCAAGUUCAGCGGGUUCAAACUCACCCGCAGAGCGAAACUCCUCUACCCCGGUGGAAAAGCGCCGUCGGAUGAUUGGCGAUUCAAGUAUCAACACUUUUACGGCGUCGCCGACAGUUGA